AUGUCCAGCAGUCUUAGAGAAUCCCAGGCUGAAACACUUUUUGCAGUAAAGUCGGAAUGUGAUAUAGCACUAGAAACACCCCGGGAGAGUGAUAUAGCACUAGAAACACCCCGGGAGAGUGAUAUAGCACUAGAAACACCCCGGGAGAGUGAUAUAGUACUAGAAACACCCCGGGAGAGUGAUAUAGCACUAGAAACACCCCGGGAGAGUGAUAUAGCACUAGAAACACCCCGGGAUAGUGAUAUAGUACUAGAAACACCCCGGGAGAGUGAUAUAGCACUAGAAACACCCCGGGAGAGUGAUAUAGCACUAGAAACACCCCGGGAGAGUGAUAUAGCACUAGAAACAUCCCGGGAGAGUGAUAUAGCACUAGAAACACCCCGGGAGAGUGAUAUAGCACUAGAAACACCCCGGGAGAGUGAUAUAGCACUAGAAACACCCCGGGAUAGUGAUAUAGUACUAGAAACACCCCGGGAGAGUGAUAUAGCACUAGAAACACCCCGGGAGAGUGAUAUAGCACUAGAAACACCACGGGAUAGUGAUAUAGCACUAGAAACACCCCGGGAGAGUGAUAUAGCACUAGAAACACCCCGGGAGAGUGAUAUAGCACUAGAAACACCCCGGGAGAGUGAUAUAGCACUAGAAACACCUGAAUAG